GGGCGAUCAUAUAGCAGAGGAGAAAUGUAUGCAGUUUCACAUAAAAAAUCUGACAGGUCUUUUGUCAAUGAAGAUGCAUACCACAAUAAUGAAAAAUUACAAGCUGCAAUUAAGGAUUCUGUGUCUGAAAAUGAGGCAUUUCAGAAAGUAUUUGGAAAAUAACAUCCUGGAUAUGUUCGUUGUAUGGGACUUGGAGUUACGCCAUCUCAAAUUAAUGGAUCUACGAGAUCGGGGUCUUCUUUGGAAGAAAAUGAAAAAAUAAAGGAAAUGCAAGAAGAAAUUAAUGCACUUAAAGAGAAGAAUUCAAAAAUUGAUGAAUUGAUGGAUGCAGUCGCAUUCUUAAAGCAAAGGGACAAUGCUAUGAUAGAGGAAAUUGAACGCUUAAGGCAAAUGCAAAAUUCUAGCGGAAGACAGGGAUUGGAAUCAUCUGCUGAUGGUAGACGUUCUUCUGAGUCUAGCUACCGAAUUGCAGAUAAUAGAUCAUCAGGAAGGACAAAUUAGACGUUGCUAUGAAUUAAUUAGAUUAUGAACUUUCCUAUGUAUUUUUGGCACUAUGAAUCUUGUUAUUAUAAGAUUAGGAGUUGAUAUGUUUUUCGAUUUUUUGUAUUACAUGACAUGA